AUGGCACAAAAAGUCCUGGUGUACCUUCUCCGUCGAGAUCUUCGAGUAGCCGAUAACCCUAUAUUUCAUGAAAUCUCCAAACUAGCAAGUUUCAUCCGCGAUUCAAGUAAGAAGUCGCCAUAUCGCGAGGCGAGAUCGGAGGUAGGCAAAUUCUGGAGAUGCGGACCUCAUCGGGCAAGCUUUGUAGCUCAGAGUGUCUGGGACUUGAAGACAGACUUGGAAGAAAAAGGCUCUGGCCUUAUUCUUCGAGCUGGCACAGUGGUAGAUGUGCUUGAAGAUCUACUGACUGAAUACAAAGCCAAGGAGAAAGAGGCACAAGUGGUAGCAGUUUGGAUGACAGAGGAGGAAGGAGUCGAGGAGAAGGACGAGGAGAACACGGCUCGUAGAGCUGCAGAGAAGCAGGGCAUUGACUUUCAAUUAUGGACUGACGAAAAGUACUACAUUCAUGACAAAGACGUCCCUUUCGACAAUCCUCGCAACUAUCCGGACGUGUUUACAGCCUACCGCAAGUCAGUAGAGCCUCUACGAGACGCACCCAGGAGGACACAUCCAACGCCAAAGUCGUUACCGGCUUUGCCAAGUUUUGUGCCUCCUCAGAAAGAGCCGUUCGUCAUGUCCGACACGUAUGAUGAAGUCGAAACAGCAUUACUAAAACCUCUAAAAGAGAAGCCAGACCUUGAGAACAUGUGUCCAUUUCCACAGGGAGCUAAAUCAGCGUCCCCAUUCAAAGGUGGUUCGAAGGAGGGCCAGAAGAGAAUUCAGCACCUUAUAGGAUCAGGGUCCAUGACAAAAUACAAGGAUACCAGAAACGGGCUGCUGGGUCUUGACUUUUCCACAAAACUAUCAGCUUGGCUUGCACUCGGCUGUAUUACCGCUCGUCAGGUGCAUUUCCAGUUACUCGACUUUGAGGAUGGUCGAAAUGACCAGUACAAAGGCACAGAAGGUUAUGGCAAGGGUGAGAACAAGGGUACAGCUGCCGUGCGGUUCGAGUUGUUGUGGCGUGACUACAUGAGGUUGUGCACACGUAAAUUUGGACCUCGACUCUUCAGGAUAGAAGGUUUUAGAGAUGAUCCAUCCUAUCCAUGGAAAUAUCCCAAGAACAAUCCAGAAGUUAAAGAGAUGCUUGACCGCUUUCUCCGAGGCACGACUGGGGCAGGCUUUAUUGACGCAAGUCAACGUGAGCUUUUCCAUACAGGCUAUACCAGUAAUCGUGCCAGGCAAAAUGUGGCAAGUUACCUUGCCAAACACCUAGGCAUCGCCUGGAAAUUCGGUGCAGAGUGGUACGAAAGCCAGCUCAUGGAUUAUGAUUUGAGCAACAAUUGGGGUAACUGGCAGUAUGUGUCUGGAGUGGGCAACGACCCUCGUGGAGAAGCUCGCAUCUUCAACCCAGUGAAACAAGCUUUCGAUUACGAUCAUCAAGGCGAUUAUGUCAAAACUUGGGUUGAAGAACUCAAAGAUGUGACCGAACCACAAGAGAUCUUCCAGCCAUGGAAGAUAGACCCCGAAAGAAGGAAAGAACUUGGUCUUGAAGGGAACAUAAUGCUUGAGAAGCCCUUGAAGAAAAUUGACUUUCGAGUAAAUAAGCAGAACAGCUCAGGCUCGGGAGGCAGGUAUGGAGGAAGCAGUCGUGGGGGUGGCAGAGGUCGUAAGAAGAACGAGUCUUACAGUGUGGCGCACCGCAACAAGAAGAACCAAGGGCAAAAUCAACAAGAUAAGUCAGGCAAGGCAGCACAGGUGAAUGGCCAUAAGUGA